CACAAGCAGCUACACCUACGCAGGCUUAGGCAGUGCGUGGGGGGCGCCGUGCGUCGUGGUCAUGAAAGGUCAAGUGUGGACACUUGUCGCGGUGGUGUGGGCGGCGGUAUGGGCGUGGGUGGAUGGCGCAUUGUCAGUAAAGCGAUCUUCCGACCCUAACACCAUCAUGGAUAGCCUUGGGCCUGUCAUCCCUACGGGCUUGAUCUUUGGUGAUCCUCCUGAUCUCGCCAAUGACGUCGUGGGUAAACCUUUUGAUCCAAACGACUCCGCGCCGCUUGACCCACAGAUCGCCUAUGACCCAGUGGAGAAUCCCACGGGGGAAGAUCCCAUUCUUUCUGCACAGCGCUUCGAGGGCGACAUCAUACUGGAGAAUGAGGCUGAACUAACUGACCUUCUUGGAGGGGGUAGAAAGGGUCGUAAUAUGGUCAAAGAUCACUCUAAGAAAUGGCCUGGUGGAGUUGUUCCCUACGUUGUGUCUUCAUUAUACGAAUCAUCAGAGAGGAAAAUUAUAAAAAGAGCCAUGAACUCAUUACAGGAGAGCUCCUGCAUCUCAUUCGUGCCCAGAUCAAACCAUCAAAACUAUAUUCACAUCAUAAAGAGUGCAGGGUGUUCAAGCUCAGUGGGGAUGAAGGGCGGUGUACAGGCAGUGACCCUGGACAAGAACUGUCUGUACCACGGCGUUGUCAUACAUGAACUGAUGCACGCCCUCGGUCUCUGGCACGAACACUCCCGCUACGACCGAGACUCCCACAUCAAGAUCCUGUUUCAAAAUUUAGCGCCCAAAAUGGAAUACAAUUUUGAGAAGUACGGCAGGGAUAAGAUUGAAACCAACGGUGUGCCCUACGACCUGGAGUCCCUCAUGCAUUACGGAGAAAAAGCCUUCGCCAAGGACCCGACUCUCAAGACUAUAGUGGCGCUGAAUGGCAACAGCAACAUGGGGCAGCGCCGAGGAAUGUCCGUUUAUGACAAGAAAAAGCUGCAAAUCAUGUACUGCGAUAAGAACAGCGUCACUGGGGCCACCCAAGUGUCUGUAGGGGACUGUACGAACACUCAUCCGGACUGCGAAAUGUGGGCCAUGACUAAACAGUGUGAGGAGAACCCCAGUUAUAUGCUGGUUUCCUGCUGCAAGGCGUGUCGAUCAAGGUGCAAGGAUCGCAACAGUGACUGCAAAGCCUGGGCCGCCAAGGGAGAAUGCACUAAAAACGCCAACUACAUGACUGCCUAUUGCGUCGAAUCCUGCGGCGUGUGUUCUUCCACUACAGGUGGAGGUGGAGGUGGAGGUGGAGGUGGAGGUGGAAGUGGAGGUGGAGGUGGUUGCACGGAUAAUCACAAGUAUUGUUCAGCUUGGAAAAAUAGUAAUCAGUGUGCGGCCAAUCCAAGCUAUAUGUUGAAGGAAUGCAAGAAGUCCUGCAGCGUGUGCUGACCUGGCUAUGGUCUCAGCCUUGCAGACACAGAAGUCUGAGCGAGCAUUUAUUUUUCACACCUCUCAACUUUGUCCUUUUGACUAAUUUGCAACUUCCUUUAUACUCCUCCGCUUCUCCUCCCCAUCACUCUCUCCUUCAAAUAUAUCAAGUCUCAGUCAACCACUUUUUUCCUCUGUACUGUUUUGUUUAUCUAGCUGCUGGUAACACCUGGUUGUCUUUUUUCCAUUCUCUCUCUCUCUCUCUCUCUCUCUCUCUCUCUCUCUCUCUCUCUCUCUCU